AUGUCAGAGCACUUUAAAAAUGUCAAGUCUAUGAUUGCCAACCUCAGAUCUGAAGAUCCCGAGGCGAGGUUAAACAGCAUGCGUGGCAUUCACGUAAUUGCGUCCACACUGGGACCUGAACGAACCCGUGAAGAGUUGCUACCGUACUUGACAGACUAUCUAGACGAGAAUGAUGAGGUACUGCGGGUCUUCGCCAAUGCACUCGGAACGAUGCUGCAUGAGGUUGGUGGACCAGCUCACGUGCAAAGCAUAUUGGGCCCAUUAGAGUUACUGUGUAGUUUGGACGAAGUAACUGUCCGCGAUGAGGCGGUCUCAUCGUUACAAACAGUUGGAAAGGCUCUAUUUUGUGAGACGGGUGAAGCUGCUGUGCAAGCCAGAAGGGAUUUUGUGGGUUUGGUGAUGCGGUUGGGCCAGUCCACGCCACAAUGUAGAUCCAGUGUGACGUACGUAAUUGCUACAGCGUACCCACAUGUGGCUGCAUCUGUGAAGACGCAGCUUUUCAACCUUUUUAUUACGCUCUGUGGCGAUGAAGAAAUUAUGGUGCGCCGCAGCGCAUGUAUUUCGCUAGGGAAGCAUAUGGCUGGGGUCCCAGAUACUCGGAGCUCGGAGCUUCUUAAUGCACUCACAAAAUUCUCGCGGGAUGCAAGCGAUGGUGUGCGGCUUCAGGCAGUCGAAGCGGCUGCGGCGCUUCUCACAGUGCUUCCUCCUGAAACCCAUAGCAACAUCGUAGGCGCCGUCAAAACCCUCGUGGGAGAUGUUUCCUGGCGAGUGCGGUACAUGGCGGCUGAUCGCCUUGGCAAACUGGCGGGUGUUUUAGCGCCCCCACACGUAAAGCAAAUCAUGCCCUUCUUUCGUUUGCUCACUCAGGAUUCUGAAGCAGAGAUUCGUGCCUCUGCUGUGUUUAACAUGGCUGGGGUACUUGCCGCCUGCCACGACGCCACCUCGAAACGAGAAGUACUUGCUGGUGGUUGCCGUUUGGUAAGCGACGACAAUUCGCACGUGCGCAUGUGUCUUGCGAGUGCACUCCUGAAGUCUGUGGAACACGUUCCGGUGGAGAUGUGGAGCAGCACUGUAGUGCCCACUUGCACGCAGUUGCUUACGGACACUGAGGCGGAUGUUAGAUUGGCCCUCGUUUCUGGGUUUAGCUCUAUGGGAAAUACCGCAGAGGCACGAGAACUAGCUCCCAAACUAAUUCCUGUCGUUGUUGCGCUUGCGGAGGACCCGAAGUGGCGCAUACGUGAAGUUGUUAUAUCGCAGAUUCCGCAUCUUAUUACCUCUCUGGGUAGAAGCGCAGAUGAAGUGGUGGAGAUCUGCGUGCAGCAUCUUGUAGACCGUGUGGCAGCGAUACGCGAUGCGGCGGUGCAGUCCUGCUGUUCACUUGUGUCGGAGAGCGGGCUCGCAUGGUCCCGUGACACAUUGUUCCCGAGGCUUAGUUUAAUGGUAACCGCCAACAACUAUCUUCACCGGGUCGCGUUGGCGCACUUCUAUGAAUCUCUGUCAGAAGUUCAGCAACUUGACCGUACAACGGUCUCACAGCUAGUGCUUCCAAUGCUCCGUGUCCUUGCACGUGAUAAUGUACCUAAUGUGCGACUUAGAUGCGCGAGGGCAAUUGUAGCGUUCAAGCGGAAGAAAAUUCUCUUAGAGUCAGAUGCGGAGCCCUUGCUAAGCCGAUUGGUUAAGGACACCGAUGUGGAUGUGCGUUUUGCCGCCACAGAGAAUUAA